AGCGUUUAUUUUGUUCGCGUUUCCUCCAUUGAUAUCCUUUUGUCAUAACAACAUCCCCUCUCAUGCUCUGCCUUCUCUCCACCGUCUUUGCCGCCUUAUAAUAAGCUCUUAUAUGCUUGGAUUUCCGCCUUUUUUAACCUUCGUUCAUAACUACAACUACAACCUUACACAUCGUCAAUCCACCACUCGUCACGUUUAGCGAGAGCCAGCAACAGCAACAUCACAAUGGGUGGCUUCUAUAUGCAAUAUCUUGAGAGCCUUUGCCGACGUCGAGGAUGGACAGACCCCAUGUACGAGUGCUACCGGGACCAUAACGGCUACACUUGCCUUGUUCUUGUCAAUGGCCGCGAAUACCAGACGGACCUCGCAUACGAAUCUGAUGUUCUAGCCCAAGAGAACGCAGCCAUGCGUGCCUUCAUGGUCUGUCGUAACUUUUCUGUCAAUGGGGGUAUGCUGGCUCGCAAUGGUAUCGUCCAAGGGCUUCCUGCACAGGAACCGUCUCGUCGCCGCAAGAGCCGCCACACGUCUUCUCGAGACAGCGACCGCCACAGUAGGCGAUCAGGACACCAUUCCAGCAGUAGCUCGACUGCAUCAUUCGACUAGAAAAGCACCAGGAGACAGCCAUUGGCGGGUGAUUGAGUCCAGCUUGACAAUGCUUUGAUGAGCUCAGAUCAGCGUUGAGGCCAGCUCAUAUGGGAGCAUGUCCGAGAAACACGAGGAGAAGGAAUCACACACAAGACGACUUACAAGCGGUUGAAAUGCUUCACAGCAAUCCCAAGGAUAU